AUGGAGAGAGAAAAGAGGAAUGACAUGUCUUUCUCCAGAAAGAGAAGUUUCACUUUUGGGGCAUAUGGAGGUUCUCACUUCCUUGUUUACAGUGUGGACAGAUUCACAUGUGAGGAUGAGACGAGACCUGAUUCUGCAGAGGACAGCAUACUGGACAUCCUGGACUCUCCUGCCAGUGACAGAAAGCCUUUCCUCUCUGCCAGCAGCAACCAGAGGGACACAGAGCUGUUUGAAAUCAUUGAAAAGCUGCAGGGCAGCAGGAUCGAUGAACAGCGGUGUGAAUUCCCUCCUCCUCUGAAGUCUCAGCUUUUUAUGAUAGGUGGAGACCUGCCGCUCAUCCUCCCUCCCAAGCUGGGGGGGUACUGGGUAGACCCCCCUCUGGAGAGGCUCGUAGAUGUGAGUCCCACCUCCUCCCAUUAUGGCCUCGAUCCAGAGAGCUACGACAUCAUGGAGAGAGACGGGGAGGCCAGAAAUUACCACGAGUUCUUUCGCUCAAGAUACCAUCACUCAUUCACAGCGGUGGACCCAAGCUUGGGGCCUCUGGUUCUGUCUGUGUGUUUGGAGGAAGAGGAGAGCAAGCUGCGGGUGAUACUAAGAAUGAAGGAGUGCUCUCUGCAUGGAGUUUUCUCUGUCUCUCUUUUCCCAAACAUCCCAUCUGCUGUUGAAUUAGCAAAGAUGCUCUGUGACAGAGUGACUGUCUCAAAGUUUGAAGCGGUCAGCUACCUCAAGGCUCCAGAGCUCAUAACUACCUUUGAUGAACACAGAGUGUCCCCUAAUUUCAAGUUUGGUGUUUUGUACCAAAAGGACGGGCAGUUCACUGAGGAGGACAUACUCAGUAACAAUGAGGAAAGUGAAGAGUUCAAAGAGCUGCUUUCUAUUCUGGGAGAGACGAUUCAGCUGCAGGGCUUCACAGGGUUCAGAGGAGGCCUGGACGUGUGUCAUGGUCAGACAGGAAGCGAAGCCGUCUUCACUUCCUUUCACGGAAGAGAAAUCAUGUUCCAUGUCGCAACCAAGCUGCCUUUCACAGAGGGCGACCCGCAGCAGUUACAGAGAAAAAGACACAUUGGUAAUGACAUCGUAGCGCUGGUCUACCAGGAGGGCCAGACCCCGUUUCUCUCUGAUGUUAUUAAGUCUCACUUCCUGCACUGUUUCCUGGUGGUGCGGAGGAUUCAGGGUCCAGAGGAGACAGGUGAAGCUACGUACCAGGUGUCUGUCACAGCCAGAGAGGAUGUUCCUCCCUUUGGUCCGGUCCUCCCGGAUCCUCCCAUCUUCACAGAUCGGUCCCUGCUGAGAGACUUCCUCCUGACCAAACUCAUCAAUGCAGAGAUCUCCUGCUAUAAGGCUCAGCGGUUCAGCAGACUGGAGCUGCGCACUCGUUCGAUGCUCCUGGAGAGCCUGCAGGCUGAACUCUCCACCCGUUCCCAGUGCAUGAUGGGGGAUCCAUCCCUGUCAGCUCUGCCGUCUGCUGAGGGUGCUCGGGGGGCGUCUGAGGGGAGCGGGGGAUUCAUUGAAAACUUUAAGAGAGCCAUAAGAGUGCGGAGUCACUCUUUCGAGACUCUUGGCGUGCCGAGGAAGACUGGGGGCAGCGCAUCACAGAGGCCAAAGACGGAGAAAGAUGGAGACGGUGACAAAUCUCCUGCUGACAGUUUGGGCCCGGCUGAACUCAGAGACCAAGCAAGUCCUCAAGAAGAGACAUAAAAGAAAAGAUCAAAAUUUAAAUGUUAAUAUAUUUAUAGACAUCGCUAUAUGGUCACUACUUUAUAUCCUGCUGGAUGCUUUAAUGUAAAUAGAGAGUAAAAGUAAAUAGAAUUUCUGAGAAUAUAAUUAUUUUACUGUCAUAGCAGUGAUAUUCUACAUUAAUGAAAUGCUAAAUAUUGUAUUUCAGUGAAAUGUUUAAGAAAUUAAACACUCGGGUGAGGCUGAAAUGUCUGGAGUU